GUCGGUGAAGCCGAAUGCGGCGCUGAGCAUGCUCAAGAAGCGAGCCAAGAAGGCCGGGGCGAGCCUGCCCAAGAGCUACAAGUUCCCUAACGAUGACAUGGUGUACUCGUGCGAGUUUGACGAGUACACCGCGAUGCUGUCAGCGUAUCUGCGACGGUAUCAGUCACGGGGCUUUACCUUUUCCGCUUUGUCAUUGGCGGCGAGGCGCUGCGGGCUUCGCCCGUGUACGACGCGUUUGACACGCCAGCGACCCGGCUGCCGGACGACGUCUCGCUGGCGGGUCUUGACCCGCAAGUGAUCGAGGAGGAGGCGGUCAUGGUCAUCCGCGGGCUGGACAAGUUCACCGGCCUCACUGCCACUGAUGAGGACGACGUCUCGGAAGCGCCGGAGCGCAAGCGGCUGUUCUUUGCCGGCGGCCGCUCGCAUCUCGAGGCCGAUACGCUGUUUGUGACUACCAAGAGCAACGGCGAGAACGCCAAGGCCACAUUGCGGGAGAUUGGCGGCGAGUGGUGGGUGCUCGCCGGGUCCAAGAACGUGUGUCUGGCGUGUCCGGUGGCUACCGAUCCGCGGACCGUGUACAACAACACGGACCCGACCAUUCCGUCGUGGAAGAUCCUCAACGCGUUCCACGAGUACGUGACGGGAGUUGUUCGCGACGAGCUCGACGCGCUCGAGGAGCUCGGGCGUGUCCUCCACGACAACCACUAUGUGGUGCUGUUUGAGUUUAACAACGCGACGCACGAGCACCUGUUCCCGAUCGAGGCUGAUUUUCUGGACGGCUUUGCCAUCCGCGGCGUCGGCUCGGCCGCCAUCGACCCGGUCACCACCUUUGCGCUCUUUGACAAGUAUCAGUUCCCGGCGGUCAAGGUCGAGAAGCGGGCGGUAGCCGAGCUCGACGAUAUUGUGGCCGAGGUCCGUGCCGACACGACGACCGAGGGCGUGGUUGUCUACUUUAUGCUCGAUGGCGAGGUUAUUGGCCUGCUCAAGGUCAAGUCGGACUUUUACACACUUGCGCGUGCGACGCGGGAACAGUUCAAGCGGCUCGGCAACUCGGUGUUCCGCGCGCUCAAGGCGCUGCAGCCGCGGGCGCCGAGCGGCGCUGUUCGCGAGGCCGUCACCAUCUCGCGCGCCACACUCACGGAUGUUGAAAACCGGAUUCGGCGGCGGAUGGCGCGAAUGGACCAGAUCCCGUCGUACGAGACCGACCACGAGGCCUGGGCCGCCCGUGCGGUGGCCUUUUGCCACUACUGGCUCGACAAUGUGUACAACAAGGCGCCACUCACCAUCGAAGCGCGCAAGGCCGCCAUCGAGGCGUCAAGGGCCAAGUUUGGCACUCUCUACGCCAAGUUCUACGCGCAGUACGUGCCCGGAGCGGAAGUCGAAGCCGGCGUUGCAGGUGCGAGCGGAGGAGGGUUGUAAGAAGCCAUGGCUAUGCUAUGGAUCAAAGGUUGCUGCAGUUGCGAUAGUUGGAUAAAGAACGAUGGAAGCA